AUGCCAUACGAACCUAUUGGAAAUCUGAUUCACGAGCACAAGGAUGCCGAUGAGGUUUUCAAUCCGGCUUAUUUGAUUGCGGACGGUGACGACGCCCCAGCACGUCAUCCAACGCUUGAGCGCCUCUGGCGUCAAGGUACGGAAAGCCGUCGCUUAAUGGAGGAAAGCCAGUCUUUCACAAUCGCCGUGACCUUCAAGAUCCACACGAACAAUACGGUUGACGUGGCUCCUGGCAUGGCCAAAUCCAAGUCUUCUUCGAAAGUCACCGCCGCGAAGAAGAGGGCUGCACCGGCUCCGAAGUUUGCCGUUAUUGAUUAUUCGGACUUCAAGGACGGUCAGGUCUUAGACUUCAAGGUCUUCCUGUACGGAAAGUCGCUGAACAAGCUGAAGGAUUUGGUGGGCAACUUGUGUGACCAAUACUUUGCCGGGAUCAAGAAGGUCGUGCUCAAUAGCGCAUUAACGCCUUUGCUGAACUGGAAUGCUACUGUUGGUUUGAAGAAAACCAAGUUGAUCGAUUUCAAAGGAUAUCAAGAGUUUGUGACCAACUUGGGCAAAAGUCGAAGCUCAAAAGGUAGCAUCAACAUCACGUUGGAGAAACCUCAAGUCAAGGAAAAGAAGAACGCUCAGGCUAGUGGAGCAAUGGCGUAUAUACAAGGGACCAAUGGGCCCAACCCAAUUGAAGCGGAAUUUGCGGCUUCGAAAGAGGAAACCGUUGCAGCGCAAGAAGAGACCUUGAAGGUUAAGCAAGAGCCGAAAAGCCCUUCUCCAUCUCCCGCCAAACGUUUUUUGGCACGAACUCCCUCUCUUAGGGAGGUAGGUGGCCAAAAGAAGGUCAAGGUUGAGGAGGCCACACGCUCGAUCCUUCGCAAGGCCAAUGUCACCUCUUGGACUGAUCUCGUCCCCAGCGUGCAAAUGACGGCAAACGUCCUCACGGGUCAUGGUAUGACCUUUGACUUGGCCACUCGCCUGCUCGAGACUGCCGCGGAAGCGGAUGCCCAAUAUGCGAAAUCGCCUACCCCCAAGCAAACUCUUAUUCGAUGUACAGCCCGAGCAGUACAACACCUGAAGAAUCUUUGA